AAUGGAGAUAUCAGAUAAGCCUCCUGGAACCUUCCAGAGGCUCUAGAGCGCACCUUCUACACAAAUAUCAUUAUUCAUCCAAUUUCCCCUCAGCCAAACAACCCUCCCACCCUUAAAUCCUUUGCUUCCCUCAAAACUCUACAACUACAACACACACACAUUCUCUCAGAAGGAAAAUCACAUGGCUUUGUUUGGCGAUCCUUUCAGGCGCUUCUUCCUCAGCCCCACAAUCUACCGCACAUCCCCAGGAUCGACAGCCCUCCUUGACUGGCUGGAAUCCCCAACCGCUCACAUCUUCAAAAUCAACGUCCCAGGGUAUAGCAAGGAGGAUAUAAAAGUUCAGGUGGAGGAGGGGAACACCCUGGUGAUCAGAGCGGAAGGUGGGAAAGAGGAGCAGCAGGGGAAAGAGAAAGACGUUGUUUGGCAUGUGGCGGAGAGGAAAACAUUGGGGAAAGCAGAUUUCUCGAGGGAGAUUGAAUUGCCGGAGGAUGUGAAGGUAGAUCAGAUCAAAGCUCAGGUGGAGAACGGCGUGCUUACGGUGGUUGUACCCAAGGAUACAACUCCCAAGCCUUCUAGAGUUAGGAAUAUCAAUAUAACCAGCAAGCUUUGAUGAGCUUGUGAACUGAUGAUGAUCAUCGACUUCAGAACCGGUGGGAUUGUACUGUUUGGGUCAAUAAUGAUCAGUAAUCAGUUUUGUAUGUUUGUGAAGUAAAACGUUUUAUUAUAUCCUAUUUACAUAAUAA